AUGUCCUUCCUGCCUUUUCUCCCGGCUGCUGGGCCGGGGGAUCAGGACUAUGAGGACACCAGGUCCUACAUUGCAUCUGACUUGAAGUCAUUGUCACAAGCCAGCUCGUCAGAUGUCUGGCGGACGGCAGUGGAGGACGCCUCCCUUGUUCGCCUGCUGCAGUCCCUGCUGGUGUACCUCCCACGCCCCUACGAGCCGGGGUAUGACGAGACCCUGGCCUCGCUGACGCUAAAAGUCCUUUCAUCACUAUUCACUACAAGGCGUCACAGCAACGACGCCCCCUCCCCGGCCCUGAGGUCCAGGGCCGUGAAGCCCCUGCUCGGCCUCGGUUUCGUCCUGGAGGCGGCGGCCCUCCUCGGCGCCCUGCCUGGCUCCCGCGCCGUGCUGGGCGCGAUGCUGGCCGCCAAUCCCCGGCUCCUGGAUGCCCUACCCGGCGCGGGGAGGGCCCUGGCCCGCUCGCUGCGUGGUGAUGCGGCCGCGGCGGCCCGGGCGCUCAGCGACGCCGUGGACGACGCAUCCUCCCGCACCCGCCUGGCCUGCGCACUGGGCGGCCUGCGCGCGACGCUGUUUGCGCUGGGCGCGCUGCUCCCCGCCUGCCCCGCCUCCACGCUGCGCCUGCUGGCCCGCCAGCACGACCUGCUGGAGGCCGCGGCCGAGGUGCACGACGACUUGUGCCCCGCGCUGGCCGCCUGGCUGGCGGGGCAAAGGACGGCGCACGAGGCUUCACGCGCCUCCGUCGCCGCCGCCUCGGGCGUGGAGGCGCUGCGCGCCGCCGCGGCGCACGUGGAGCUGGCCGCCGCCGCGCUGGCCGCCCGCCUGCUGGCCAUGGGCCCGUUGGCCGACGGCAGCGCCUCGGCGCAUGACGACAGCGGCACCGGCAGCAGCAGCGGGACGUGCGCCGUCCCCGGCGCCGCUUCCACGGCCAUCGGGGCGGAGGCGGACUACGUCGCCGCGCUCCUGCCGCGCGCCUGGGUGGUGGAGAGCAAGGCGCCAGGGGAUGGAGGCGGCGCGUCGGAGAGCACGGCGGCACCACCCGAUCUCCCCGCUGCACUGACGGCCGCGGUCUGCUCCGUCUCCGAGAUGCUGCCGGAGUAUGGGCCGGGCUACCUGGCCGCCUGCAUCGAGCGGGCGGGGGGCAGCGCCGAGGCGGCCGUCGCGGCGCUGCUGGACGGCAGUGAAGGAGUGGCGGGGCUGGACCGAGGAGCGGACUGGGCCGCCUACGCUGCCUGGAAGGCCCUGAGCCAGCCCGCGCGGCCGGAAGCGGUGGCGGCAGCAGUAGGGAGGGGUGGCGCCGCGACCCCCGCGCCGGCAUCCACUUCAUCCUCUUCAGGCGCGGCCAAAGGGCGGCCUCCACAAGCGGCCGUGGCGCGGUACCUGAAUGUGCGGGAGGAGCGGUACCACAAGCAGCUGCAGACGGCGGCAAUGGAGUCGCAGGUGGGAGGGGGUCUUUCUCGGAGUCGGUGA